CGCUGUCUCUUUGUCAGUCACGCGAGUGAUGAUGAGAAAAGGCAUCUCGUGCCCGUCGCAAGACCCGAACUGCACGCGCAUCGUGGAGACGCUUUCUGCGUGGAACAGUUCCGUGGUGAGCGCGUACCGGCUCGUGGAUUUACCCCCCAUCACUACACCUGUUGCCAUGGUGGAAAAGUCUGUCUAUCCUUUCCCUACUGUGGAUGUACCGGAUCAUGCUCAUUACACUAUUGGUGCUGUAAUCCUUGCUGUUGGUAUCACUGGAAUGUUGGGCAACUUUUUCGUCAUCUAUGCCUUCAGCAGGAGCCGGACACUCAGGACACCUGCCAACUUGUUUAUAAUAAAUCUGGCCAUCACAGAUUUCCUCAUGUGUGCCACCCAAUCACCUAUCUUCUUCACCACCAGCAUGCACAAGAGAUGGAUCUUUGGGGAGAAAGGAUGUGAGUUGUAUGCAUUCUGUGGGGCUUUAUUUGGGAUCUGCUCCAUGAUCACUCUCAUGGUCAUCGCAGUGGAUCGAUACUUUGUGAUCACGCGGCCUCUGGCCUCCAUCGGUGUGUUGUCUCAGAAGAGAGCUCUUCUGAUUCUCCUGGGAGCCUGGGCAUAUUCACUCGCCUGGAGUCUACCUCCCUUCUUUGGUUGGAGUGCUUACGUUCCUGAAGGGUUGUUGACCUCUUGCACCUGGGAUUACAUGACCUUCACACCCUCCGUGCGAGCUUACACUAUGCUCCUCUUCACCUUUGUCUUCUUCAUUCCCCUUAUCGUCAUCAUCUACUGCUAUUUCUUCAUCUUCCGAUCCAUUCGUACCACAAAUGAAGCUGUGAGUAAAAUUAAUGGGGAUAACAAGCGAGACUCAAUUAAAAGAUUCCAGCGUCUGAAAAACGAAUGGAAGAUGGCAAAAAUCGCUCUUAUUGUUAUUCUCAUGUACGUCAUCUCCUGGUCUCCAUAUUCAACUGUGGCACUAACAGCAUUUGCUGGAUAUGCCGAUAUGCUCACACCAUAUAUGAAUUCGGUACCUGCUGUGAUAGCCAAAGCUUCAGCCAUCCACAAUCCCAUCAUCUAUGCCAUAACACACCCCAAAUACAGGGUGGCCAUAGCAAAAUACAUCCCGUGUCUCCGCAUGCUGCUGUGUGUCCCCAAGCGUGACCUUAAUUCGUUCCACAGUAGCUUAAUAUCCACACGUCGCUCCACUGUCACAAGUCAGUCCUCUGAUAUCUCUGGACCCUUCGGCAGAACCAACACAGGAAAAUUUCGGCUCUCAUCAGCCUCCGAUAGUGAAUCUGGCUGGACAGACACUGAGGCUGAUCUCUCCAGCAUAGGUUCCAGGCCAGCUAGCCGGCAGGUGUCAUGUGACAUUAGCAGGGAUACUGCAGAGGUCACCGACUUCAAACCAUGUAACUCAUCCAGCUUCAAGUCUAAGCUCAAAAGUAAUGACUCAGGCAUCUUUGAAAAGAGCUCCUCUGAUAUGGAUGAUGGAUCCGUGGUUGGACUUGUUCAACCUGACCGUACUUUUCCUCUAGCUGCUGGUGACACUGCAGAAAUGACCGCCUUGAGAGGUACGAUUGGACGGAUCCCCAGUAUUGUUGUCACUUCUGAGUCUAGCGCUUUCCUGUCUUUAGCACGGCCCAGUUGUAGGAGCAGCCACUCAAGUGUGUCUAAUGGCAAUAUUGUGUCAAAUUUUCCAAGGAGAAACUCUUCAGGAGGAGUCCAGCAGGGGGCAGUACAUCUGUCCACUGCUGCUGGAACACCUGCGUUCCCUCAAAUACAAAAAUCUCACCCUCAGUAACUUGUUUAUGCUUAUACCUCCUCAUCUCCGGUCUAAAUCUUAUGUUCAGGCUUUGUGUCAGGUUUAAGUAUUUUGUGUUUUUUCCUAUUCUGUGGUGUGAAUGUUUAGCAAUGUGAACUGGAAAGAAACCAGUACAUAAUGUAGAAAGUGAAUAUCGUGGAUUGAUGCCUUCCUUUUACAUGUAUUAUAAAGUACAUUUUCAUUGUGAUUUUUACCUGAGCUGGGCAACUGGUGCUGCUGGAGAAGGCAGUCUGAAAGAAAGUUGAACAAGAUCUUAAUCUGGUCAUUGACGACAGAUCGACAGCGAUGAUCUCUGCUUACAUCUGUUAUUGUGGUAACUAAUGAAAUUGAUUGGAUAAAUAUAAAGGAUUUAAUGUUUUGUUUUAAGAAGUAAUGUCAUUAUCUCUUUAAACACUGAACAGUGCCAUCAUCAGUAAACUAGUUCAGCCUACGUCAUAUUGCUGUUUAUGUCCCUAUAAAUCAUUAAUAAGUUCUCUACAUUGUCUUUGUAUGUAUUAAUGUAUUUUAUUAUAUCAUUCACUGUCUCGCUACCAUGCAUGAAAACACAUUGCUCGCAUAUCUUGUGCAUUAGACGUCACGCACCCAUGUCUUGUCACAUUUCAUUAUUUCUAUUUUUGUCAUAGAAAAAAGUCUCUCUCUCGGUCCCUCUCCUCCUUCGUGACUAACAACUUUAUCAUAAGACGUCCCACUUGACAGUUUCCCUGAUUUCAGCCAGUUAAGCAUAUUUAUAAUAUAUAUGGAAAAAAUGAAACGAGUUGGCACGCAUACAGCGGCUGCAGUGCAUAACAGAAUAGCAGAGCAGUGCGUAGAAAAAGACAGCAGCUUCUACAGUUCUAUGCGCGCACCACACUUUGGGAAUCCCUGCUAUAGAGGGCUGUAUUUGGGCAGUAAUGACAAAGUAAUUAUUUAACUUCAACAUCACUGUUAUGAUUGUGGAAUAAACUACAAUUAAAUCUAUACAUUUAUAUUAAAUAUUGUUUCUUUUGAAAUGCAUUGUAUGUGUUAUUAAUGAAACAGUUGCAUUACACUUUAAACACUUAAUGUGUAACAUUGUUAUUGUGUGAAGUAAGUGUAUUUUAAUAUUUAAUUAAA